AUCGACUUUACUCGGCUUCUUUCGGCGUCUCUCGGUCAGUUUGCUAGCCAAGCUGAUUAGCCGGGCUCAGCCAGCUAAUGUUCUCAGGACAUUCACCGUUUGCUCAAGUGGAUGAUACAAACCGCGUAGCGAAUGGCGGAUCUCGAGGGACAAGCGGGGAGCUGCUCGUCGGUGCCUUCACUCCCGCAGUCUUCGUGCAGUAACGGCUCGGGGAGCGGCAACGUUACACCGGUCACCGGCUGCCCGGUGGCGACCACCGUCACCUCGGGCCCUCGGCUAGUCCGGAUAGUCAAGUCCGACUCGGGCUAUGGCUUCAAUGUUCGUGGACAAGUGAGUGAAGGGGGACAACUGCGGAGCAUUAACGGACAACUGUACGCCCCUCUGCAGCAUGUGAGCGCUGUUCUCCCAGGAGGAGCUGCAGAUCGAGCCGGGAUAUCGAGGGGGGACCGGAUACUCGAAGUUAACGGAGUGAACGUCGAAGGAGCGACCCACAAGCAGGUGGUGGACUUGAUCCGAGCCGGAGAGAAGGAGCUGGUCCUGGCCGUGCUGUCAGUUCCCCCCCAGGAAGCAGACUGUCUGGAUCCUGGCGACGACGGAUCGACUCAGUCAUGCUACGACUACUCCGACAAACAGGCCGUCCCCAUCUCUGUGCCGAGCUACAAACAUACCGAGCUCAACCAGGAAAAGUUUGUGGUAUAUAACGUCUACAUGGCAGGCCGACAGCUGUGCUCAAAAAGAUACAGAGAAUUUGUCAUCCUGCAUCAGAAUCUUAAGAGAGAGUUUGCAAACUUCACAUUCCCAAAGCUGCCUGGGAAAUGGCCUUUUUCUCUGUCGGAGCAGCAGCUAGAUGCUCGCCGCAGAGGGUUGGAAGAGUAUCUCGAGAAAGUGUGCUCCGUGCGAGUCAUUGGGGAAAGUGACAUCAUGCAAGAGUUCCUUUCUGAGUCAGACGAGAACUAUAACGGGGUGUCAGACGUUGAGCUAAGAAUAGCGAUGCCUGACAAGACCACGCUCACCGUCAGAGUGCGCAAGAACUCCACCACUGACCAGGUCUACCAGGCUGUCGUGGUCAAGCUGGGCAUGGACAGUAUAACAGCCAGCUACUUUGCUCUUUUCGAGGUCAUCAACCACACCUUCUUGCGCAAACUUGCUCCCAAUGAGUUCCCCCACAAACUCUACAUCCAGAAUUAUACCUCAGCCAUCCCUGGUACCUGUCUCACUCUCCGCAAGUGGCUCUUCACCACUGAGGAGGAGAUUCUGCUCAAUGACAACCAGCUCGCUGUCAACUAUUUUUUCCAUCAGGCCCUCGAGGACGUGAAGAAAGGUUUCAUAAAAGCAGAGCAGAAGUCGUACCAGCUGCAGAAGUUGUCUGAACAAAAGAAGAUGUCCAUGUAUCUGAAUGUGCUGCGAGGCUGCGAGGGCUACAAUGAGAUCAUCUUCCCGCACUGCUCCUGCGACUCUCGGCGCAAAGGUCACGUCAUCACGGCCAUCAGCAUUCACCACUUCAAGCUGCACGCCUGCACGGAGGAGGGGACACUGGAGAACCAAGUCAUUGCAUUCGAGUGGGGCGAGAUGCAGAGGUGGGAUACGGACGAGGAGGGGAUGGCCUUCUGCUUUGAAUAUGCAAGAGGGGAGAAGAAGCCCCGCUGGGUGAAGAUCUUCACUCCGUAUUUCAACUACAUGCAUGAAUGCUUUGAGAGAGUCUUCUGCGAGCUCAAGUGGAGGAAGGAGGUGGAGGAGGAGGCCACAGACAAAGAUAAUAAGAACUGCAGUAAAGACGGUAUGUGUGGCAAGAAUAUUUUCCAGCUGCUGAGACACAGAAGGAAUGGAGACACACAGGAAGAGAGAUCGUUAUCUCUUAACUACACGUCAUCCUCGUCCACUCAGCUCAGCUCAGUCCUCAUUUAGCGCCACCGACGCUCAGCUAUUAACUACUCCAUCGACAUAGACACUACCGCCCGAUUCCCUACUCCAAACAUGCAGCAAGCAUCUGCCUACCAUCACAGCCAUCAGACACUCACCAGAACUCUCUAAUCCAGAGCAGAACCAUCACAAAGGAGCAGGCUUCAUGGAUUCAUGCUGGCCUUCGUGAGGGCCUGGAAGUGGAGCGUGGAGUUUGUGAGGAAAGUUCUCCUGUGGAUGACCAGUGCAGAGAAACACAAAGCUUUUUUCCCUUUACAGAUGGGAACAUGUUCUCGUACAGGCAGCUCUGUCUUGUUGACUUACAUGUGCUGCGUUGUUUUUAUUCCAGUUUUGUUGCUCUCCAACUGUGCCCUCAAACACAGGGCUCUUCUGCAACAACAGGAUAUUGGAUCGCAGCCGUUAACAUGUCAAAACAAGCCACUGUGUUUCCUGAUAUUUAACUUCAUAUGUGACUCCACAGUUAGAUCAAGUGUUGCUUUACUGUUCUUUGACAGAUCAUGACCCGUCCAUUGGAAAAUCAAUUGCAUUUGAGCAAUGGAACGUGAACAGAGCUCAUGAGCUGACCGCAUCGGUCCACCAUUACAUGUUCAUCCAUGCUGCUGAGACUUGUUCUAACUUUGUAGACCUCCUAGCUGGCGAUUGAAAACAAGCCACAAGCAGCCAGAACAACUAAAAAUAAAAAAUAAAAAGCCUGCGCUGAAGCACUCUUGACCAGUAUUGUGUGAGAAGCACUUUACAUGGCAGUAUUAACAAAGUCCAGAAAGAUUUCUAUCUCCGUUUGACCCUUUCCAUUCUUCAAUUUCUUGUUCAAGAUUGCAGGUCAUAAAGCCAUGGUUUACCAGCAGGGGUCGCCCUUCUGCUUGCUUCACUGAGUCCACUGCCUCUGUGAUGGAUGCUUACUGCGACGUUUUGGUCUGUAAUUAUGUUCAGAUCAAUUGGGAGCAUCCUUCAGAAACGUCAGAGAAAAUAGAUUCUCAUGCUCAGUCGAAGCUCUUUGAAAAGAGGAUUAAAAAAGGGCGUUUUAUUGUGUAUUCAUUUGAGUCACUUCUUUGCACAAAUAUUAACAGAAGAGAAUUCUGUUUUCAUUUCCAUGUUGCAGGUAAUUAUUUGCAGAAUGCCGGUGAUAAUUUAGUCCAUUCAGACUUUCAAGGCUGAGUUCAGAUGUCGGCUUUUGUUAUUUGUCAAGCUCCAAUGUUGAUCUGAAAACAGUCCCAAGCCCUUUUUCGACUUGUGGACGGAGACUGAGCGCCACGAUGAGGUCUAAUUGAAUGUGCACAGCCGUGAGUGGAGAAGGAAUGUACAACCCUGAAUUCUUGUCGAUAGUCUGACGUUGACCGAUCAGCUUCACUGCUCGCCCUCCUCUCUCUCUCUCUCGCUCUCUCUCUCCCUCGUUGCUUCCAUUAUUUAUUUCAACCAGAUUGAACAUCCUAGUCGAAGCUUUGACGCUCGAGUGUGACAUCCUCCUGUUGAAAUGUUAAGUUUAACUACAGUGUUUGGUUCAGACGCUUACUGUAAGAAAUUGUAACAUAUUCUUUUAAAUAAACCGAUUUAUUGAUGA